AAGAAGCCUUACAUUGCAGUUGUUCUUAUUCAAUUCUUAUUUACUGGCAUGGCUAUUCUCUCUAAGGUAGCAUUCGAUGGAGGCAUGAACACAUUUGUCUUUGUUUUCUAUCGACAAGCAAUAGCAGCUGUUUUUCUAACUCCAAUGGCUAUCUUCUUUGAGAGGAGAACUGCUCCACCCCUUCCCUUCAAAUUGUUGAUCAAGAUCUUCAUGCUAUCAUUGUUUGGGUUGACAAUCAACUUAAACAUGUCUAACAUCGGUAUCAAGUACACCUCGGCGACGGUAGCAUCUGCAAUUGCAAAUACAAUACCUGUAAUCACAUUCUUUCUAGCAGUCUUGCUCCGGAUCGAGAUUGUUAAAUUAAAGAGCCUCUCAGGGAUCGCCAAGGUCAUUGGAGUAUCAAUUUGCAUUGCCGGCAUAAUGUUCGUAGCUUUUUACAAAGGUCCACAAUUAAAAUCUUUCAGCCAUGAACACCCCAUUAUCCUUGUACCCAGUAACAAUAAUAUUUCUGAUACCAAGUCAAGAAAUAUAUGGAUGAAGGGAACCUUCCUCGUGGCCGGUGCAGCAAUAGCAUGGUCCUUAUAUAUGGUAUUACAGGGAUUUAUAAUUAGGGAGUACCCUUCAACACUUCUCUUCACAGCUUCUGCUACCCUAUUCAGUACAUUUCAGUCCUUUCUUGUAGCCAUUGUCUUUGAAAGGAACAUGUCUAGUUGGAAGCUGCACUGGGACGAGGGUCUUCUUGCAGUGGCUUAUAAUGGUAUUUUUGUCACUGGCAUCGCAAUGUACUUGCAAAGUUGGUGCAUCAACAAGAAGGGCCCUGUUUUUGUAGCAAUGUCCAUCCCAUUGUCUCUUGUUAUCACCAUUGCAUGCACCUCAAUUUUUUUAGGUGAAGAGAUAAAACUUGGAAGUGUUAUCGGCGGUGCUUUGAUGGUUGGAGGCCUUUACAGUGUACUGUGGGGUAAGAGUAGGGAACAGAAGGUCAGCAAAGCAAAUGCUGAGGUUGGAUAAAUAAUGUUUUUUCUGUAUUCAUAUGUAUUAAUUAAAAAAUAGUCAACAAAAAAUGACCAAUUCUGGGUUACUUGUAGUGGAACACCAGUGUUUUAAGGAAGUUUAC